GCAUUUUCUGAAUCACCUCAGUUAUGCACUGGAGGUUUCUUCCAAGUUGAAAAAUUUAUGAAAAACUUGUUUGUUCGAAAACUGUAUGUAUGGCCUCGCUUUCAUGCAACGGUGUGCACGAGUCUUGAUAAACACAAACCUGAUGUAGUUGAAUUGCACCAGAGAAUGUGUGAGUCAAUGUCAAACUUGCAAUCAGCUAUUUUGGAUGUGAUGAAUGCUUGCUUACAAGAGAUAAAGAAAACAAACAAAUUACUGGAUGCUGACUUGUUUACAGUUGAGACCAGCAUUAGCAAGGCAUUUGAUCAGCUUGUUAAAGUUGAGCUAGAACCCAUGUGGCAUCAGCUGAGCAGUCAAUCGAAACAAUUGGUCAAUGAUUUGAAGACGCUUCGUUCACUUCUUAGCUAUUUGACUCAGUAUGACUGUGUGACAUUUUUGAAGUAUCUGGACUCUAUUUUACAAGUACAUCUUUGGGAGAAAAACGGCAUCUGA